CACUGGGACUGGUGGUGUGUGCUUGCUGUUUACAUUCUUCCAAAAUCGGAGCCCUGAGCUAAGACCUGUGCCACUAUGUCGAAACCACUGUCUGACCAUGAUAAAAGGAAACAGAUUUCAGUGAGAGGCCUGGCUGGUGUUGAGAACGUCACAGAUCUGAAGCAAAACUUCAACAGACAUCUCCACUUCACGCUGGUCAAAGACAGAAAUGUGGCAACAAAAAGGGAUUACUACUUUGCUCUUGCCCACACUGUGCGGGACCACUUGGUUGGCAGGUGGAUCCGUACCCAGCAGUACUACUAUGAGAAAGAUCCCAAACGUGUGUAUUACAUCUCCCUUGAGUUUUACAUGGGUCGCACCCUCCAAAACACCAUGGUGAACCUCGCACUUGAGAAUGCCUGUGAUGAGGCCACUUACCAGUUGGGCCUGGACAUGGAGGAACUGGAGGACAUUGAGGAAGAUGCUGGCCUGGGAAAUGGUGGUCUCGGCCGCCUUGCUGCUUGUUUCUUGGACUCCAUGGCUUCACUGGGUCUGGCUGCCUAUGGUUACGGUAUCCGCUAUGAAUUCGGUAUCUUCAACCAGAAAAUUCUCAAUGGCUGGCAGGUUGAGGAGGCUGAUGAUUGGCUGCGCUAUGGCAACCCUUGGGAGAAGGCACGUCCUGAGUACAUGCGUCCAGUGCGUUUCUAUGGCAGGACCGAGCAUCAUCAUGAUGGUGUCAAAUGGGUUGACACUCAGGUGGUGUUGGCUCUGCCAUAUGACACCCCAGUCCCCGGCUACAGAAACAACGUUGUCAACACCAUGAGAUUGUGGUCUGCAAAGGCACCCUGCGAUUUCAACCUUAAAGACUUCAAUGUUGGUGGCUACAUUCAAGCUGUUUUGGACAGAAACCUGGCUGAGAACAUCUCUCGUGUGCUGUAUCCCAAUGACAAUUUCUUUGAGGGGAAGGAGCUUCGCCUGAAACAGGAAUACUUUGUGGUGUCUGCCACCCUGCAAGACAUCGUCCGUCGUUUCAAGGUCUCUAAGUUUGGCUCCAGGGAGAUUGCUCGCACAGACUUCACCAAACUGCCUGAUAAGGUUGCCAUCCAACUGAAUGACACUCACCCUGCUAUGGCUAUUCCUGAGCUGAUGAGGGUUCUGGUAGAUGAAGAGAAACUUGAUUGGAAACAGGCCUGGGAUAUCUGUGUGAAAACCUGUGCCUACACCAAUCACACUGUUCUUCCUGAAGCUCUGGAGCGCUGGCCUGUCGACCUGUUUGCUCAUCUGCUGCCACGUCACCUGGAAAUUGUCUAUGAGAUCAACCGUCGCCACCUGGAGAAUGUUGCUGCUAAGUUCCCUGGUGAUCAUGAUCGUCUGCGCCGUAUGUCCCUUAUUGAGGAAGGUGGACAGAAGAGGAUCAACAUGGCCCACUUGUGUAUUGUAGGUGCCCAUGCUGUCAACGGCGUCGCCCAGAUCCACUCGGACAUCCUCACAGCUACUAUCUUCAAGGACUUCUAUGAAAUGGAGCCACAUAAGUUCCAGAACAAGACCAAUGGCAUCACUCCCCGCCGCUGGCUUGUUAUGUGCAACCCCGGCCUGGCUGAGGUCAUCGCCGAGAAAAUUGGUGAGGACUACAUUCGUGACCUUGACCAGCUGAAGGGUCUGCGCAAGUUUGUGAACGAUGAAGCUUUCAUUCGUGAUAUUGCCAAAGUGAAGCAGGAAAACAAGCUGAAGUUCUCUGUGCACUUGGAGGAACACUACAAGGUGAAGAUCAACCCUAACUCCAUGUUUGACAUUCAAGUCAAGAGAAUCCACGAGUACAAGAGACAGCUGCUCAACUGUCUGCACAUGAUCACCUAUUAUAACCGCAUCAAGAAGGAGCCCAACAAGCAGUGGACUCCAAGAACUAUCAUGAUUGGAGGAAAGGCUGCUCCUGGCUACCACACUGCCAAGAUGAUUAUCCGUCUGAUCACAGCUAUUGGUGAAGUGGUCAACAAUGAUCCUGUCAUCGGAGAUCGUCUCAAAAUCAUCUUCUUGGAGAACUACAGAGUCACACUGGCAGAGAAAGCCAUCCCUGCAGCUGAUCUGUCAGAGCAGAUCUCCACAGCUGGCACUGAGGCCUCUGGCACUGGCAACAUGAAGUUCAUGCUGAACGGUGCUCUGACCAUUGGUACCAUGGACGGAGCCAACGUUGAGAUGGCUGAGGAGGCUGGUGAGGAUAACCUCUUCAUCUUCGGCAUGAGGGUGGACGAUGUCGAUGAACUUGACAGGAGAGGAUACCAUGCUGAGUCUUACUACAACCGCCUGCCAGAGCUGAAACAGGCUAUGGACCAGAUUUCUGGAGGCUUCUUCAGCCCAAAGCAGCCUGACCUGUUUAAGGAAAUUGUCAACAUGCUGAUGCAUCAUGACAGAUUUAAGGUCUUUGCUGACUAUGAAGACUACAUGAAAUGCCAGGAGAAGGUCAAUGCUCUUUACAAGAACCCCAAGGAAUGGACCAAGAAGGUGAUCCACAACAUUGCCGGAUGUGGCAAGUUCUCAAGCGAUCGCACCAUUGCCCAGUAUGCUCGUGAGAUCUGGGGCAUGGAGCCCACACUUGAGAAACUCCCUGCCCCCGACAUAUAAACUGUCAACAUGACGGCCAACCAAUCAACUUUCCCAACUUGAACUCCUUUAGAGCCUAUAUGGUAGAUACAGUGUCUGGUAAAAGCCCCCACAAACCCGCGUCCACUGAGAUUGGUGAUAAAUGCUUCUCUGCAUCUCAACACUCAAUUUCAUA